AUGGCGCGGCUUCUUACUACGGACGCGGUUCUGUUAGGGCGUAUCUCCUCCUAUACCGUCAUCAAGGAACUGCACAGGGCGGCAGACGAAGGUGCCGUUUACCUUGCCAGAAACCGCGACGGCGAGAACUGCAUUAUCAAGAGCAUCAGGGGUCACUGGCGACUGCGGAACGAAGCCGACAUUCUCAAGCGCUACCAGUCCGAAACACCUUUCCUGCGCCCACUUGUCGACGAGAUCCGCGAGCCGGCUGAUCCGCCCUCCAUCGUUCUACGGUAUCUGGACAGUGAUGUGCUGACCGAGUCAAACAAGAAGAGGCUGUCGCGCCCCGAGAUCAAGCAGGUUGCCCGGUGCGUCCUUGAAGCACUCCGCGUGUUGCAUAGAGAUGGCAUGGUCCACACAGAUGUCAAGCUGGAUAACGUAUUCGUCAAUUACGGCCAGGGCGGUCAGCGCUUCUGCGAAGUCCAGCUCGGCGACUGCGGAGGCGUAGUAUCCCAAGAAUCCUCGUUCGCGAAAGAAGGUCACCUUAUCGGCGCCGGGUUCACUCGCAGCCCUGAGGCUACGUUCCAGCUGCCCUGGACCACUGCGACAGAUAUAUGGUCGUUUGGUACCGCGUUGCUCAGCCUCGUGCUCGGCGGCGGCUACCACUUAUUCAACCCUAAGGUUGAAGGGGUUGGCCCGGAAGACGACGCCUACGAGUUCACCGUCCUGAAGCGGAUGCACAAGUUUUUUGGCCCGUUUCCACAAUCCUUUAGCGACUUCAACGACCAAGACACCAUGACCAUCAUCAAUUUCAUCAACCAGCAAGAGCCUCCGGCCAAGCCGUUCGCUCGGGCGGGCCCGAGGGAAAUCCCUCCGGCCGAUAAGGAAUUUAUCCUGAAGAUUAUGAAGUUAGAUCCUCGUGAUAGACCAACAGCGGAGGAGCUACUCGCAGACGCAUGGUUUACGGAAGAGUCGUCGGACACCCGGGCGCCGCUUCCCGGGGAGGUUGGGGAACCUGGAAAGUCGAAACACCCUGGAGAGGAGGGACCUGGAACUUAA